AGGACACAUAGUGGGAACUGAAAUUUCAUAAAAAACAUAAUUUUCUUUUAGCCUUUUUCUGCUUCAGUUUCCAGUUUUAAUGCUAUUUAUUCAUCUCUAUAUUUCCCUUUCUCCUUCUGAUACUACAGUCUGUUUGUAGUAUAAAGCACUUGGAAAUCUGUGAUCUUUCUUUGGAUUUUUGCAAAAACCACAAUAAAAUAAUUUCUGGGAUUUCACACAUUUCUUUCUGCCAUCUUUUGAGAAAACUCAGAAAAAAAAUUUCCCUUUUCUUUUUUUCUUUGGCCAAAAGUAAGGAAGGUUCUUGAUACCAGAAAACCAGCUUUUCAUCAGGAAAAGAAAUAGGAUUUUAUCUAUAAAUAUUUGGAAGGCUUGUUAGCUGCUUCUUGGUAUUACAAAAGGAUCAAAGCUAUAUACCUGACUGGAUAAAGAUUUUUUAUAGUAUCAGUAUAAUUCAGCAUAUUAUAGUAGGGCAAUACAAAACAAAGGAAAAAACAAUGGAAGAUUUUCAAGAAGAAGAUAUAUGGGCUAUUAGUAUGAAGGAAAGAAAAGGUUUUUCAGGUUCAGUGGUGAAGAGGAAAUUAGCCACUGCUCCAAAAGUGAUUCCAAGAGCUAAAACUACUGCUAUUAACAGCCAUGAAUCUACAGUGCCACAGCAAUCAUCAGCUCCUGUUAAUAUUCCUGAUUGGUCAAAAAUUUAUAACAAGAAAAAAUCAAGUAGAUUUUUGAAAAAUGGUUCAUGGGAUAGUGAUGAAAAUUUUGUUCAAAAUAUUGUUGUAGAAGAUGAAGAUUGUGAUGAUUUUAGUGAUGGAAUGGUACCACCACAUGAAUAUAUAGCUAGAAGAGUUGCAAGAAGUCAAAUUGCUCCUUUUUCUAUGUGUGAAGGUAUUGGGAGGACACUUAAGGGAAGAGAUCUUAGCAAAUUGAGGAAUGCCAUCUUAACCAAAACUGGUUUCUUGGAAUAACAUCAUCAUUUACAAUUGUAUGAUUUUUUUUUUUUUUUUGUUUUUAAGAAAGUGAUGUUUGGAUCAAUUUAUAGGUAUCUCGACUAUUUUAUCGUGUAUCUGCUCAGAGUCGGAUUCGGAAUUGAAACUUAAUGGGUUCGAACUUGCAUUGAA